AUGUUUUCUACUUUGCAGAAAGCUGCUGUUGCAUUGUCACAAUGCAAUUGUUCAUUUGCAAUUCCACCAAAUCGAGGGAUCACAGCUGAACAUCGACCAAUUAUUCUUCAAGCAGAUUCAAGGAGUUUAAAAGGUGCAAUAUUUGAGGAUGAAUCAUUUGAUCAUAUAUUAAGUCAUCCUCCAUAUAAAAAUUGUGUUGAAUAUUCAACACAUAUAGAUGGAGAUUUAUCAAGGUUUGCAAAUUGCAAAGAAUUUGCAAUAGAGAUGAGUAAAGUUAUUGAGGAAUCAUGGAGAUUAUUAAAGUUUGGAAAACGGAUCACACUUGGAAUUGGUGAUAACAGAGAACAUUGUUUUUAUGUUCCUGUCAGCUUUAAUUUAUUUAGACAAUAUAUAAAUCAAGGAUUUGAAAUAGAAGAAUUGAACGACAAAAUGUUAUUAAUACCUGUAACCUAUGAAAGAAAUUUAAGAGAAAUCCCUACUUUGCCUAUUGCACGUAAAAGUGUUGUUAUGGGUACAACUUGGACAUUUAAACCAUCAGAUAAAUACAACUUUGUACAACUUUGCACUUCAAGGAUGGUUGAAAGAUUUGGCAGAGAUUGUGCAAAUUAUGAAGAAAUUAAUAUAAAAUUUAAUAAUAAGUUAGAGGGAAAUUAUAAUAAUGAUGUUAUUGAUGAUAAUUUGGAAUCAAUGAUUAAUGACCAAGAUAAAGAUGAUAAUGAAAUUCCUGAAUAUGAAAAAAUCAGACAAAAAAGGAUUCAAGAAAAUCAUAAAAUGCUUCUUGCUUUGGGAUUAAAAUGCGAUCUUGGUGAAGAAUCUGAUGAUAUAUCACAUUUAGGAAAACUUUUAAAUAGUACACCAAGACCAACACCGACACCAACAGCACUAAUAGUAAUACCACACAUACCAAAUACAUCACUACACCCUAGAAAUAUUCCCAUCUAUCGUACUACAAUAAUGAAAUUAGCAAUUGAAGCAUACAAUACAUUACCACCUUCAGGAUUUUUAGUGAUAGGUGCUCAGGAUAUUAGAACACCAGAUGAUGAUAAAUUGUGGCCUCUUAGUAUGUUGUUAAUGGAAGAUGUUCAUAAUGUUGUUAGUAUGGAUAAAUUACCAUUGAAAGAGCUAGUUGUUACUGUGCCAGAAGGUUUUGCUAAAGAUAAAAAAAAAAUUGCAUCUUUUGAUGAGUACAAAGAGGAAAAAUGCAUCCUUGGAGAUGAAAUUGAUGACAACAUUAAUGGCGAUGAAAAUAAUAACAUUGAGAAUAAUGACAACAUUAAUAAAGGCAAAAAGAAAACAUCGCAAUUGCCCAUUGUUCAUGCAUGUUAUCUUAUAUUUAUGAAACUUAAAUAA